UUUGAUCUAAUAAUAAUAAUGGCUUUAUGCCGAUUCGCCUACUCUCCUAUCAACAAUUUUUGUUUCCCGAAAUACCCUCCCAAAUACGUCAAAUUCCCUUCGCUGCCACUUUCUGCACUUCCGCGUUCUUCACCUGCUCCGAUGGAAGCUCCUCCCGAAGGUUACCGCAGGAACGUUGGAAUCUGUCUCAUCAAUAAUCACAAAAAGAUUUUCGCAGCUUCAAGGCUAGACAUUCCCAAUGCUUGGCAAAUGCCUCAGGGUGGUAUUGAUGAAGGUGAGGAUCCGAGAAAUGCUGCUAUUAGGGAACUAAGAGAAGAAACAGGUGUUAGUUCAGCAGAAGUGAUUGCAGAGGCACCUUACUGGUUAACUUACGACUUCCCACCAAAAGUCAGGGAGAAAUUAAACAUUCAGUGGGGAUCUGAUUGGAAGGGGCAGGCACAAAAAUGGUUUCUUUUUAAGUUUACUGGAGAAGAUCAAGAAAUUAAUCUUUUGGGCGAUGGUACUGAGAAACCUGAGUUUGGGGAAUGGUCAUGGAUAUCACCAGAACAAGUAAUUGAGCUGGCAGUGGAUUUCAAGAAGCCUAUCUACAAGGAAAUCCUUGCAGCGUUUGCUCCACAUCUCCAGUAAUCUCAUAUCUGUUAAAAAUUUAUGUCUUCCAAAUGAGAGCUAUGGUGGAUGAUUAUGCAGGUUGCUAUAAAAUAACGUAUCACAUUCACAGAUAACUACCGAGAUGGAUAUUCUCCUCCUGGCCAUAGGGAUAGGCUGAGAAGGGGGAUAUUUACUGUAUUUAUAUAGAUCUGUCCAUUUUUAUUUUCAUGAAAUAUAAUAAAUGAUUGUUAUUAUCAGAAAGUGUACGAGUUGUGAUGACUUAACCUAUAAAUAGCACAAUUUUGAUAAUUUUUUUGACAGAA